GAUCAAAAGAAGUUGAACAGACGAAUCGAGGAGCAGAUACGGAAAGACCAAAGCAUGUCCCUCCGGAUCAUCAAGUUAUUGUUGCUAGGUGCCGGCGAGAGCGGGAAGAGCACUAUUCUGAAGCAGAUGCGCAUCUUGCACAAAGACGGCUUCUCCCAACAGGAUCUCGAGAUGAUACGGCCCGUGGUUUUUAGUAACUGCAUUCACUCGAUGCUCAGCAUCCUCCGCGCCAUGUUCCACCUGCAGAUCGAGUACGGCGAGCCGGAGCGAGUGCGCGACAGCCAGCUCGUCUUCGCCACGGUGCACGCCAACAAGGAGGAGCUGACCGAGGAGCUCGCCGCGGCGAUGCAACGAUUAUGGGCCGACUCGGGGGUCCGCGAGUGCUACCGGCGCAGCAACGAGUACCAGAUUGACGACUCAGCCAAGUAUUUCCUCGACAAUUUGCCCCGGCUAUCGGCGCCAAACUACGUGCCAACGGAGCAAGAUCUCCUCCGGACCCGCAUCAAAACGACCGGCAUCACCGAGGUGCUCUUCGAGCUGAAGGGGCUCACGGUCAUCGACGUUGGCGGACAGCGAUCAGAACGAAAAAAGUGGAUUCACUGCUUUGACAACGUGAACGCCAUCAUUUUCAUCUCGUCACUAUCUGAAUAUGAUCAGACGUUACGCGAGGACAAUUGCACGAACCGGAUGCAAGAAUCGUUGAAGCUGUUCGACUCGAUUUGCAACAGCCCUUGGUUCGCCGACAUUCACUUUAUUCUAUUCCUGAACAAAAAGGACCUGUUCGCCGAAAAGAUCCAGCGAUCGCCGCUGACGAUCUGUUUCCCGGAAUACAAGGGCCAACAAAACCAAACCGAGUGCAUCAACUACAUCCAGUGGAAGUUCGAACAGCUGAACCGCUCCUCGCAACGCGAGAUCUACUGCCAUCACACGUGCGCCACCGACACGAACAAUGUACAGUUUGUGCUCGACGCCUGUCUCGACAUGAUCAUCGCCAAGAACCUGAAGAGUAUGGGGUUGUGC